CUAACCUAACCACGGAAUCGAACAUGGCGUCAUUUGCAAUAGCUGUUGUGUCGAAGGCGCACAAUACUCUGCGAAAGUAGCGAUUCUAGGAUAGCGUAGAUACCUGCCGUUUUCGGCUCACUCGCUGCCAUUAGCCAAGUCUUCGAAGAAACUCGGGCGAUGACGGACGUAACGGACUCACCCGCCGUUUCUACGAAUCAAAGGACGAUAUCGAGGCUGAUACGACAGCGGGGCCAGGAAUUCCUCGCCUCGAGGAAGCAUGUGAACAAUUUGGUGGAUAUAAUCGGCCAAUGGGACGAAUUUACCUUCCCGUGUUUGCUCACGGUAGAAAUGAUAUUCACGGAAGUGUUGAGGCGCGGUGACAUGUAUGAAGAGUCCACGAUAGCUCUUGCCAUCUCAGAACCCAGCCCUGAAUCACGCUAUACCAGCUGGCUGAGAAGUUGUUAUGAGGAGGUGUGGAAGAAGAUACUUGCAUCUUUAGAGAACUGUCGGCCAGCUACACAACUGCAAGCCCUCACUACUGCGAUAAAACUAAUGGCAGAAGAAGGCAAGGCUCCAUUAGAACCACGUGAUAAUCUGGGUUAUCACUUUCCUCUUCUUCGUCUAAAGCCUAUUCUCAUGACGCUACUAUCACCAGAGAAAGACAAUACUAAUUUAAUAUCAAGAUUCCAAGAGAUUACUGGUUAUCCCGACGCUUUAUAUUAUACAUGGAAGUGUCUUCCCUCUCUUACUCCCAAGAGGCAACCACAGGGAAUUUAUAUUAAGAAUCUUUUGGAACUUAUACAUAAAAUACCACUGCCAAAGGAGGGAGAAGAAUCGAAAAUGUCAGACAAUAAAGAACUUCUGUGCGGACCACAAGGCGUCGCAUUCACAUGGGAUCAGUCGGCGGUUAGACGCGCGCUGAACAAAGUCUGGGCCUGUGUCAUGCAUUGGGAACUAACACCGCAACUGCACAAACAACUAUUGCUAGUCCUGUUGGAACGAGUUAUGUCGCAUUUAGAGAAACCUGUGCUGCUAUGCGACUUUUUAAUGGACUCCUUGGACGCGGACGGUACCAUCGGCUUGCUCGCGUUGCAUGGUGUAUUCAUAUUGGUCACCAAGCACAAUUUAGAAUACCCGAGUAUCUUCACCAAGCUAUACUCGAUGUUCGAGCCCGAGAUCUUCCACACGAAGUACAAGGCUCGUCUGUUCUAUUUGGCAGAUCUGUUUCUCAGUUCGACACACUUGCCAGAAUCGUUGGUAGCAGCGUUCGCGAAACGACUCGCGCGUCUAACGUUGGUCGCGCCGCCGGAGGAUAUCCUGAUAAUCUUGCUUUUCGUGGGCAAUCUGAUGAAGCGGCAUCCGGGACUCAAGCGUCUAAUCGACCAUCCGCAAGGCGAGGGCGAGAUUGUCUCAGACGCGUGCACCGGCGCGGGCGACCCUUUUCUCAUGGAAGAGCGCGACCCGUUGCUUAGCAACGCGAUGCUUAGCAGCCUCUGGGAGAUCAGAGCGCUGCAGUGGCACAUUCUGCCCAGUAUCGCCAGCGCGGCGCGUUUCAUUCACGAGCCGUUGCCCGCCGUCGAAUACGACAUAGCAUCGGCGUUGGAGCGUACUGGCGGCCACAUGUUCGACCGUGAGCUGAAGAACAAGGUCAAGGACAUCAUGCUGACGUUCGAGAGACCGAAUUGCAUGGCGCUGCCGAAGGGUGAGAAGCUGUUGCAAUAUUGGCAGCUCACGAGUACGCAUUGAUCCGUCGCCGCCGGGAGUGCAAUAGAACGUCGACAGAUCAGCGAGAAAUAUGUCGUCAUCGGGGGAAAAAGCUAAGGACGACGUUCACGACGAACGAAAGACUUACUUGCGUUUUAUACGGCAUAUCUACGAUGAGGAAGGUAGCGAGACGCAAAUGUCUGCCGUGUUCGGCGUUGAGCAUUUACGCUUACAGAUGUGUUUGAGCGACUAGUUUUGUGUGUAUAAUAUCAACAAUAUAAUUUAUCAAAUUAAAGACGAUAACAAAUAAUCACUUUUUUUAAAUUGACCGUUAUAUACACUAAAGGGUUUUAUAUACAGUUCUAUAGUUAUACAAAAAUAUAAUUAUAAUAAUAUAAUUAAUAUAAUUAUAAUACACACAAUUAAUAAUAUAAUUAUAAUACAAAAAUACAAUUUCGAAAGGGACUAAAGAACCAAAAUGUGUUAAGCACUAUUUUAUAUUAUACAUUAUAAACUAUUACAAAUUCAAAACAGUCACAAUUAAGCUACCCAGCAAAUUUUUGAAAGCUUUCUAAUGUUAUCUACUAAUGCAAUACGGCUAUCAUCAGAUCUACCAAGGCAGAUCCGAAAAACCAAGUGCAUAUUUUUUCUUAACUACUGAUAGUAUUGUAUUGCAGGACAUGUAUCUUAGCUAUAUAUUGCAUAUUUUUUCUUAAGUACUGGUAGUAUUGUACUCUGCAGGACAUUAUAUCUUAGCUAUAUCUAUCAAUUAUUACUUACUAGAUAAAGCAUAUAUAUAGUAUAUAUAUACAUAUAUAGUAGACGGAAAUAUGUAAAUAGAAAUAUACAUGUGCAGAAAUAUAUAUAGACACACAUACACAUAUAGAUAUAUACAUGCCUGUAUAUAUUUCUGCAUAUGUAGAUUUCUAUUCCCAUCUGCUGUAUAUAUACUACUUUAUCUAGUAAGUAAUAAUUGAUAGAUAUAGCUAAGAUAUAAUGUCUUGCAGUACAAUACUACCAGUACUUAAGAAAAAAUAUGCAAUAUGCGUUUGGCUUUUCGAAUUUGCUUUGGUAGAUCUGAUGGUAGCCAUAUUGCAUUAGUAGAUAACAUUAGAGAACUUUCAAAAAUUGGCUGAAUAGCUUAAUUGUGAUAUUUUGAAUUUGUAAUAAUUUAUAAUGUAUAAUAUAAAGUAGCACUUAAUACUCGCACCUUGGUUUUUUAGUUCCUUUCGAAAUUGUAUUUUUUUAAAUUGAUUUUCUAUUUAAGUUGCGCGCGAGACAACGGUUUUAGAUAUUUUGCGUACGUACACUGUACGUAGGUGCACAACACUGACACCUUCGAAUUAUCUUUAACUCUUUCGCUGCACAGUGAAGCUUGGUCGGGAAACUUUCUCGCACUUUUUGCGAUAAAUUUCCACGUCGGAUUCACUUAGACAAAAUAAAUAUACAACGUAUCUUUUCCUUUUUUGUUUUGUUUCUUUCAAACAUAUCGUGCACUUUUACAUAGUUUAUGUGUACUGACGUAGAAAGGAAAUAUCGGAAGCAAAAGUAUCUUUGGAGCUCAAUAUCUCGAUUGCGCAUUGUUGGUUAGUCGCGAUCAACUGGAUCUUCUUAACGUGAGAAGUGUACACGGAUAUUUAUUUCCACGUACAUCAGUGUCUAUUUUUAUAUAUUGGUGUGGAUAAUUAGUAAAAAAGAAAAGUAGAUAUACGUAAUUGUUACUAAUUCUUACGUUUUCCUACGUUCGUACUCUUUUGUAAUUUAGGAUGUAAACAUUUUAAGUGUAACCAUAUAAUCAAAUAUGUACAUAAAUAUAAACUAAGAAUAUUAUACCAAAUCUCUCUCUAUUGUGUGGGUACUUGUGCUUUGCCGCGUCAAAGUACUUCAAUUUAUAUUAAAAAAAAAAAUCAACAUUGAUCGUGUUCGGAAAAACGAAGCGAAGUGAGCUUUCAAAACGAUUUGAACACAUUUUUUUCUGACGAAGUUAGCGGCAUAUCAAACGAUUACAAUUAUGAGCCACUGCUUACAGGUUUGUUUAGUAUUAUCAGUUUUAAUAGAAGUCAAAAUGACAAUACACGGUAUAAAAGUAUUGGUCGUUUAGCUAUAUUUUUAUCUGAUAAAUAUAAUAUUCACGUUUUUCUUGAAUUAAUUCUAUUGCAAUUUUAACGUUGAAUAUUUCAUGUAUUGUCACUUUGACUCCAUAACGCGUCGAUUGAAAUAUGGAAAAUAUAGAAAAAUAUCCCAAAAGCAGUAAGCACUUACUCAAUCGCAUUGCUUUCGGAAUGCAGCCAUUGAUUUAUUAGUUUUCGAUAAUUAUAUGAGACGAUGAAAAAGUAUAUACUUGUUCUCACUUACCAAGAUUUACGAAGUUUAAAUAAACUGACUAGUUAUUUACCAUA